GUGUGAUCAGUCUUCAUUACUGUAUCAUAAAUAGUUUUCCAUAGAUAAUGGACCAAAGGAACUCACUUGAGCCUUCAGACAGUCAGUCACAGUCCACUGUCCCACUGUCUCCUUCCAUUCAUGUUCCUCCCACACUGAGAGAUGGUGAGUGUUACCAUGUCUUCGUUAGCUACAGCAGCACUGACCAGCAGUGGACCCACUCCAUCAUCAACCAGCUGGAGUCCUAUGGCCUGCAGGUCUGCUACCAUGAUCGUGACUUCACUCCCGGGCGCACCGUAUUGGAGAACAUGUCCGAGUGCAUCCAGGAGAGCCAGAAGGUGCUGCUGGUUCUCAGCCCGGAGUUUGUGAGGAGCCGCUGGUGUCUCCUGGAGGCCAACAUGUCUCUGUUCAGAGACUGUCUGGAGAGGAAACCCAUCGUCCCAGUGCUGCUGCAGCCAGGAGUCUCAGUUCCUCCUCACCUCUGCCACCUCACCUACCUGGAGGCCACCGACCCUGAAUUUAUGAAUAAGCUGCUCAAAGUGCUCUGCACCCCCAACCAGCAGCUUCAAGGGUCCACUGUGGUGCCCUUCCAGGCUCCCUCUAUCUACAACGGGAAAGCCCUGCAGCCUUUGACUGCUGUCAAUGAUGAGGGACUCAAUAAAUGGGACUGUGGUCAGUUCAGUGACAUGGAGGUGCCAGACCAACUGCGCCUGAUCAUUGAGGACCAGGAGAAGUACAGAGAGGCUGUGAGGAUGAUCAACAGUGUCUCUCAAACCAAAGUGUGGCUGCGUCCACUCUGGCUUCGAACACUGAUCUACAUUGCUGGUGUAAUAGUAGUUUUAGUCUUAGCAAGUUUUUGUACAUAUACAGGUGUAUUUGCAUUUAUGCUUUUGUUCACAGUUGACAACCAUGGUGUUUCUGGAACAAUGAUCCUCACUAUUUCUAGUCUCUGCUGUAUUCCAAUAGGGUUUCUUAUUCAGCUUAGUCUCUGGAAGAAAGAUGAUGAGAAGUAUAUUGUGAGGGAGAUGCAGAAAGCUGUAGGUCAGGCAAACAUAAUCCUUUCUGAAGAGAAGGUAUUAAUGGGCUGUCGGUCCAAUUCAAAACUCUAUGUGGUGUAUGUUUCUCUGGAUGGUUGCAAACAUGAGUUUGCAGAAACAUUUUCUGAGCAAGCUGGUGUUGAGGACAUGUUUCGAAGAGCAAUUAUGUACUUCUCAUCAGGUUAUGCCUCCUGCCUUGCCAAAAGACACUUUCCUUUUGCCCAGUCCAGCUCCACUGGUCACCUGGAGGGAGGGGUGUGUUUCUGUCAGUAUGUCUCGCAACAGCUGAGCAGGGGAGAAUGGAAGUAGGGAUAUGAAUGAACUAAAAACUAUUACAUACCCAAUAUACGUAUGUCAGGUGAAUUAUCAGUCCCAGAAAUAUAUAUAGAAUAUUAUACAUUUAUAAACAUUACCUGUUAAUAGCACAACUCACAUUGGACACACUCUCUAAUUUUAUUUGAUAAAUCAGCAUCUCGACUAACAUGUGGCACUGAGAGCCAUUCAAGGCUCAGUUACUUCAUUCACAUUAUAAGCCCUUCACACACCAGAACAGAGAAUGUCUCCCUAACAAACCUAAAAUAGUUUACAGUUUCUACUUCCUGAUUUCAAUUUUGGUUCUUGCUCUUCCACACAGUGAGGUCGUUCUUCACAGAUGUGCUUGACUUUACUGUGCCAUGAACAGGUGUGAAUGUACAUUGCUUUGUAUAAUAUGUCGUCCUCUCAUUUUUAAAAAGAGAAGUGUGUUUCUCUUUAUAUGUCUCCCCGCAGUGGAGAACGAAGCGAUGGAUAUACAUUUUUUUGGGGGGGGCAUUUCUGCUUUAUUUCUACAGUGAGCCGCUGUGGUUAGGACUUAUUCUUAGCACAUGGUACUAGCUCUACCAGGUGAGCUACCAGGGCACCGAGAAAUUCUUCAAAUUUGGCACGAAUAUUCAUUUGGACUCAAGGAUGAACUGAUUCGAUUUUGGCGGUCAAAGGUCAAAGGUCAAGGACACAGUGACCUCACCAAACAUGGUUUUGCCCUUGUGAACGCAAUAUCUCAUGAACUCUUAAAGGGAAUCCCUUGUGUUCACUGGGACUCUAGGAUGAACUGAUUAGAUUUUGGUGGUCAAAGGUCAAAGCCAGUAUAACUUUAGUGGUUUUGAAUAACAAUUGAUAAAACUGCUAAACUUUUUUUGGUGACAAAAAGGUGAACUGUAAAUGCAGGAAAAGCUGUUUACUUUCUGUUAACAUUUUCAGGCUGCAUGUGAACAUGAUGAUAAGUUUCAGUCACUUUCUAGAAAAUGAUGGACUUAGAAAUGGAUGUGUUACUGACUUUGAACUCCUUAGGUUUCAAUGAGGAAUGCUGAAUGUCUGAGGCUCAUUAGCAGUAGCGGACGCAUUUCCACUUGCCUGAAAUACAACCUGAGCUCAGACUGGUUUAUCCACCUGUGUUUGGGGGUAAAGGCCUCUGCAAAAGGGAUAACAUGUACAUGUUCAUAUUCUGCUGUGGUUUCUAUUCAUGCCCCGAGUCUGAAUUGCCAAUUUCCAGUAUCCACCUGCAUAGCUGGCUAUAGAUUCCCAUGUUAUCAUGUCUCUUGAGCCAUUUAGCAAGUGUGAGUGCAUAUACAGUUUAUCGUGAUUGUUAAGGCAAGAUGAAUUGAAUCAGCAGCCUGGUAUGAUCAACUGGCAUAUGAAUAACAGGUCAGUUUUUUAAGUGAGUUCAUGUUGUAUCACCAUGCAUUUUUUGUGUCAUUUCUCUACUGUCCAACCCCUAAACCCCUCACUGAAAUGGCAUUAAAAGAUACACGAAAAGCUUAAAAUUCAUAGACAUGACAUGCAAAAAGUCCCUAAAAGCGGCGUGCUAUUUAUACACCAUCCCAUGAUAUCAUGUGGGAAUCUUUUUUAAAGAAAUUGGACAACUACAAAUUCUGCAGCUGAAAACAAGCUAUCCCUUCUAACUGCAGCAUGUGUCACCUAAGUUAGUGUCACAUUUUACAAUGAUGAUUAUGUUUUAACAUGUGUUUGAUAAUAUUUUCAUGCCAUUUAGAUUGUUAAUUACUUCAUUAAAAAAUGUAAACAUCA